AUGGCAAGCUUCUUUCCCGCAAAACUGGCCGAUCCUCCAAGUCCACGAGAUGUCGUAGCCAACUAUCAACGAACCUUCGACAAUCACGCAUCGGAAGGAAAACUACGACCUAUGGUUUUGCCAUAUCAUCUAUAUGGCGUCAUAUUGUUGGGAAUAUAUCUAUGUGUGCGCCACACGAAUCGACCAAUAUUAUACAAGGCUCGGUGGAUAGUGUUGGCUGCUAUAACAUGGUUUCAGCUCAAAACGCUAUGGCAUACGAGCAGCACGAAUAUGGCCUUUAGCUUCGUGGCAGGCUUGAUGAGUACUUAUGGUAUUGCGACUAGUUUGACCUGGCUGGUCUUCAUGCGGCCGCAGUUUGAUGCUAAGAGAGUCGAGAGAAGGAAGAUUCCGAAAGAUAAAACUGUUACAAAGAAUAGCGAGGGGAGAGCUACGGCAUAUGCAGGGAGCAUCGAAUCGGAUACAAGGCAGCGUUCAAAACCGAACGGAGAACCAAACGGAAUUCCUGACAGCCCAAAAGUUCCAAAUAGAAACGAUGUAGGAUCAGCCCAUGGACGACCAGCCGCAGAUGGGACGAUGGAGGAGACUGAGUAUUAUUGGCAAUCGUACCCAGAAAAUAUACGGGAGAGACUAGACUGGAUUUCUGACUUAGUCAUCAACUUUCGUGGACCGGGUUGGAACUGGGCAAUUCCCAGUCUACCAAAGCCUCCCCCUUCCGUCUAUGCUAAAUUAGGAGAACAUGUCGAUGAAGUAUCGAGGAAAGACACAUCCUCAACAGGCAUCAAAUGCUUCACCACAAGACAAGAAGUCUUUCGAGCUCAAGUUCCCCGUUUCAUUAUAGGAUAUUUCUUACUUGACGUUGUCAAAACAACCAUGAUGAAUGAUCCAUAUUUUUGGCUUGGCCCCAACGAUUAUGCUAUGCCUGUCUACAUCGCAGCAAUGUCCCCGUCCAUACGUUGUUUAUAUCGCGAGCUUUUAUCAAUGGCAGGGGUUCUUAUUUCCAUAGACAUGGUCUUUCUUCUCCCCCCUCUCACCAUGUGUUUACUUCUGGGUCCAUCCUCGUUCAUGGGUCUCAGAGGGGAAGCAUGGUAUUACCCGACUACAUGGGGUUCUUUCUCAGUCUUUGCAAAUAAAGGCCUAGCUGGGCUAUGGGGAGGUGCCUGGCACCAAAUCUUCCGCCUUAUAUUUUCUGCUCCAACGAAUUAUCUCAUCGCAAAUGGAUAUCUAAACCCCAGAUCCCCAACUACCAAACUCGUCGCUUCGUUCUUCGCUUUCGGUCUAUCUGGAAUUUUGCAUGCUGGUGGCAGUAUAUCUCAAAUCCCCUCUACCAAACCCUGGGCUCCACCUGUAUUCUUCAUGCUGCAAGCUGUUGGGAUAGUCCUACAAACAGGAUUAUGUACUCUACUCCGCCAACAUAUCAAGAAAAUUCCGAAAUUCAUACGACAAUUAACGAAUGUGAUAUAUGCAGUAUCAUGGGGUUUCUUGACUGGAUGGUUGUUAGCGGAUGAUUUUGCCCGCGGGGGGAUUUGGCUUUAUGAACCCAUUCCCAUUUCUAUACUUAGAGGAAUGGGAUUUGCUGGCAGAGAUCAUGGGUGGUGGUGUUGGAAACAUGCAGGGAUUGGGUGGUAUACGGGAGAACAUUGGUGGGAGAGUGGUAUUGCUAUAUGA